UCCGUCGGUUGGUAGCAUCAUAUCUGUUGGUUGGACCAUUCAGCCGAAACAGGCGGUCCACAACUUUCUAACACUCCAGUACAUAUUCAACAAUGUACACAGUACAGGCGACUUGACGCAAAUUUACUGCAAAGGAUGAAUGCUAUCAAAUUCUGCCCGAACAGAGAGACAAAGAUCUACAGUACCCACCCGAACGGCGGACAAGGCAUCGGGUCAGAAUGAAGGGAAUGGAAGCGUCCGUCGUCCGACGUCCAUGUUGCGGGGAUGAUGUACAUGCAUACUGCAAUGUAUGUAUGUAUGACAGAACCGGAGGAUGGUCAGGUGCCUGAAGCAAGGGAUAGCCCUGUCCUGUUCAGGACCCCAGUGUGGCGGACUGCUGGCUCGGAUCUGCAUGGGGUAAACCAGCAGUGCAACCAAGUAGAGAGCUCUCUAGCUCUACUCAUGCUGCCACGCCUAGUUGUCCUUGUCCGUGGCUCUUGCUCCGGUGUUACGAGUAUCCUACCUCACGGACUGAGAUUGCCAGAAGGAGAGGCUGGCAUGCUGUCGUUCAACCUGAGAUCCUUGCUAACUAGCACUACCGCUAUCACUACGACUACCGUGUUUGCGAUACUAACUUUGUUUGAUGCUAUAGCAACUCAACUGACUCGCAUUUCCUGGGAUGCAAACGUCUUUGGAAAGAUGCAUAUUCAUCAAGUCGCUUCCCUCGCUGCUUACCGGCUAAUCGCACAUCAACGGGAGAAAUGCGGCUAUUGCUUAACCAAAAUCUUUAUCUGGGUCUCCGGACUCAGGAACAAGACUUGCGCCGCCAUUGGACGCUAGAGCCACUUCUCAUCAGUCCUGGCCAUGUAUCGGAUAACUCUGAGACUGACGCGGGUCAGCGAGUCAAAGACC